AUGCAAGACCAGACAGUUCGUGAUGCUGGUAGGGAGCUGACAAAAUUGAAAACUCUAACAGGCGCGCUGAAAAGUAGACUUACCAGAUUUACUAGUUUUUUACAUGAUCCAUUCAAUCAAACCAAGAAAACGGAAAUUAGAGUGCGUUUCACUAAAAUCGAAUCAAUCUUGGAAGAGUUCGAGUCAAUUACUCAAUCAAUCGAUACGCUGACGGGCAUAGAGUCAAACGACUAUGAGGAGUUUGAGAAGAUUUUUUAUGAAGUCGUAAGCCGCGCGCAUGAUUUCAUGGAAAAGUCGAAUAGCACCCUGGUGCCACAACAGUCAAUCGCAGAAGUAAAUUCACAUAAUAAUCCUCAGCUUCGAUUGCCAAGAAUCGAGCUGACAACAUUCAAUGGUGCAUUCGACAAGUGGCUAUCCUUUAUUAAUCAUUUCAAUUCAAUGGUGCAUGAAAAUUCAAGUUUAAGUAAAAUUCAAAAAUUAUAUUAUUUAAAGAGCUGCUUGAAAGAAGAAGCAGAGGAAAUUAUAAGUUCACUCGAGUUGACUGAGGAAAAUUACGAAGUCGCAUUGCAAUUAUUAAAAGAUCGUUACGACAAUAAACGCGUUAUAAUUCAAAAGCACGUUCGCGCUCUCAUGGAUUUGCCGACGAUCGGGAAAGAGUCCGCGCUAGAACUCCGCAAAUUUAUUGAUGCAAUGAGCAUGCAUUUACGCGCACUUAAGGCAUUAGGGCAGCCCAUCGAUACAUGGGACACGUUGCUAAUCCACUCGUUUACGGCUAAACUUGAUCGCGUUACGCAUCAAGAAUGGGAAAAGUCAGUAACCGAGACCGAGAUGCCGACGAUGAAAGAUUUCACGUCUUUUCUGGAGAAACGUUGCCAAAUUCUCCAAGUCACAAGUAUUAAUCUGGCAAAUAAAUCGGUACCACCUGCGAAAUUGAAUAAUAUUAAAAAGCAAGUGUUUGCAGUUGCGCAAUCAUCAGACGGAUGCGCAAUUUGCAAAGGUUCGCACAAGGUCUACAUGUGCGAUUCGCUUAAGAAUCUCUCCGUUAAAGAUCGUUUCGAGAAGGUCAAAUCAAGCAAGCUCUGCUUCAAUUGCUUGAAGGGAGGCCAUUCGAACUCUGACUGUAAAUGGUCAGGGUGUAAAAAAUGUGGCAAAAAGCAUAAUACGAUGCUACACUACGAUGCGAACGACUUCAAUACGCGAAAUCAUAAUCAGACGGGCAACGCACAACCAGAAGCUUCAACUGCGAGCUUUAAUGGGGUUGCUUACAAAGCAUACAGUGCGCUGGUGUCGCCGCAAUCUGUACUUUCUACCGCGGUCAUAAACAUAAAAAAUCAAGACGGAAAUCUUGUAAAAGCACGAGUGCUAUUAGAUAAUGGAGCACAGUCAAACUUCAUUACGGAAGACUUGGUUAAGGUUCUGCAGUUAUCGCGUAAUCAUAUUGAUAUUCCGGUAGAAACCCUAAAUCAAAUAGAGACGCGUAUAAAAUAUUCUGUCCGGGCUGACAUUAAUUCGCGAUGCACAUGCUAUAAAGAGACAGUAGAAUUUCUCGUAUUGCCAAACAUCUGCAAUCACCUACCGUACGAGUACAUUGACAAGCGAACAAUUAAAGUACCAUUAAGGAAGCCAUUAGCUGACCCCGAAUUCAAUAAGCCGCAAGUAAUUGACGCUUUACUCGGCGUGGAAUUGUUUUUCCAUCUCCUGUGCAUCGGCCAAGAGAGAAUUCCGGGAUCUACAGCUUUGUGGCAGAAAACAAAGUUAGGUUGGAUACUCGCGGGUAAAAUCAAUUCAUCAACUCAAUCGAACAAGCCUAGACAAUGUAUGCUGUCCUUUAACGCGUUGCAUAAAUCGCUAAUUAAAUUUUGGGAAAUUGAAGAGGUUCAAAAUCAGAAAUUUCUCUCCGAGGAAGAACAUCAAGUCGAGUGA